AUGGUCCCGCCGCCCCUGUCGCCGUCGCUGUCGCCGCCGCUGUGCACGCUGCCGGCGGGCCCCGGGCCCCCCCGCUUCGUGUGCUACUGCGAGGAGGACGGGGACCGCGGCAGCUUCAACCUCUAUGUGACGGACGCCGCGGAGCUCUGGAGCACCUGCUUCUCGCCAGACAACCUGCCGGCCCUCAAGGCUCGUUUUGGCCUGAGUGCAGCUGAGGACAUCACGCCCCGGUUCAGGGCAGCCUGUGAGCGGCAAGGUGUGACCCUGACUCUGCAGGAGGACAUCGCAUCCCUGACGCUUUCCGGUGGGCCCUGGACCCUGACUUUUGACCUCUCAAAGGUGCCGGGCCCAGAGGCAGCCCCCAGGUUGCAGGCGCUAACACUGGGCCUGGCAGAGCGUGUGUGCAGGCUGGAGCGGCGGCUGGCAGCUGCCGAGGAGACAGCUGCCAGCCCCAAGAAGAGCCCCCCACGGCCGGGGCCUCAGCUCUUUCUACCAGACCCCGAUCCUCAGAGGGGUGGCCCUGGACCUGGGGUCAGGAGACGGUGCCCUGGGGAGUCCCUCAUCAAUCCGGGCUUCAAGAGUAAGAAACCGGCCAGUGGUGUGGACUUUGACGAUGCCUGAAGGUACAGCAAAAAGUGUGACCC